UCACUUUGCUGUUUCCAGCCCUCUGUUCUCUGCAUUCUUUCUUCCAGUCAAGAACCCUAUUGAGGCUAGUGUGCUUAUGGCUGAAGCCUCACUGGCACGGAAGCAGCGGAAAACGCAUACUACCUUUAUUCCACUGAUGCUCAAUGAGAUGCCACAGGUUGGAGAUCUGGUGGGCCUUGAUGCUGAGUUUGUCACUCUUAAUGAGGAAGAAGCAGAACUACGUAGCGAUGGUACCAAAUCUACCAUUAAACCAAGCCAGAUGUCAGUAGCUAGAAUCACCUGUGUUCGGGGCCAAGGACCCAAUGAGGGUAUCCCCUUCAUUGAUGAUUACAUCUCCACCCAGGAGCAGGUGGUGGACUACUUGACUCAGUACUCUGGGAUAAAGCCAGGAGACCUUGAUGCCAAAAUUUCCUCCAAGCACCUCACAACUCUCAAGUCUACCUAUUUAAAGCUUCGUUUUCUCAUUGAUAUUGGAGUCAAAUUUGUGGGUCAUGGCCUACAGAAGGACUUCCGAGUCAUCAACCUUAUGGUGCCCAAGGACCAAGUCCUUGACACUGUCUACCUAUUCCACAUGCCACGAAAACGAAUGAUUUCCCUGCGGUUCCUUGCUUGGUACUUUCUGGACCUGAAGAUUCAAGGGGAGACCCAUGACAGUAUUGAGGAUGCCCGCACAGCCCUUCAACUCUACCGAAAGUAUCUGGAGCUAAGCAAGAAUGGCACUGAACCUGAAUCUUUCCACAAAGUGCUCAAGAGUCUUUAUGAGAAGGGCCGAAAGAUGGACUGGAAAGUACCUGAACCUGAGAGCCAGACAAGUCCCAAGAGUAAGGCUUGGGAUGGGACAGGGAAAACAGAUCUGGGUAGGUUUUAACUGAAUAUAUAGAUUGUACGCACUACAAUAAUGUUGAU